CCGCGUGGAUUGCUUGCCUCCGAUGCCGCGCCAUUCAGAAUAUUUGCUCGGCAUUGCAAUGCUUCGAAAUGCCGGUUCCGCGCUGUUUUAUCGUCGAAAACUGUAAAUAGUGAAUAAAUGAAAGAACGCGAAACAGUAAUUAAGAAAAACUAAUUGAUUCCACUAGUCAGGAGUGAAAAACUAACAGAUAACAAAUAGUUUGAUAUAAAGAUGCUGCAAUCGAACUGAAUAUUCAUCAAACACAAAACAAGCCAAAGCAAACAACAGUUUCAAUCGAACUAAAGUUUAUUAUAGAGCCAAAUAAUCAAGUAUACCAAUAGAUCAGAUAAAAUGAUGGCGCUCGAUGGAAAGGCGAUAAUUAAGGAGGAGAUUACCGACAAGGACUCAUAUGACGUAGCCGCAGCGGCGGCGGCAGCGGUGGCAGCUGGCGCUGCCUUGGCGGUGGCCACAGCAGCAGGUGUCCCAGUGCCACCCGCGUCAUCGUCAUCAUCAUCAUCGUCCGUGGUGGUGUCGGCGGUGACGGGAGCAGCGUCAGCAGCAGCAGCAGCAGCAGCAGCAGCAGCAGCGGCGUCAACCAACAACACAGCAACAGCAGCCACAGCGGCAGGCAUUUGCCGAAGGCUUAAAGCCAACAGCAGUAGCAGCAACAGCAGCAAUGGCGACAAGAGUUCAUCCUCGUCGAGCAGCAGCAAGGACAGCAGCAACUGCACAUCGCACAGCAGUCGAGACAGGGAGAGGGAGAGGGAGCGGGAGAGGGACCGCUUGUGUCGCACUCCGCCCGAUUCCCCGCCAGACUCCGCACGCAGUCUCGCCCCCCGUUCACCCCACUCACCCCUGCAGCUGCACCAUCGACCGCAGCGCAAUGCCAGUGUCUCCCCCGUGGUCAACGGAGGAGUAGGUUCGUCUGGAACCUCGCCGACGCCGGGGGCCCAGCAUGCCGCCUCGCUGGCAGCCGCAGCCGCCGCCGCAGCAGCGGCCCAUGUGGAGCAGGCACGACUCGUGGGCAAGAUGCGCAAGUUCCUCGGCGCCCUGGUGCACUUUUCGCAGGAGCUGGGCCAGCCGGAAGUGUGCGAGCGGGUGCGGGCUCUGGUCCUGUCGCUGUGCUGCGGCACCAUCUCGCUGGAGGAGUUCCGCCUGGCCCUGCAGGAGGCCAUUAACCUGCCCCUGCGACCCUACGUGAUGCCGUUGCUAAAGAACAGCGUAACCCUGAUGCAGCGCGAGGUGCUGGCUCUGGCCAGGGCCACCAACCAGUCCGCCCUCCAGUACGUGACCAACAACGAGCAGGCGGUGAUGGAGUUUGGGGCCGAAUUCGGCGACAUCUUCGUCCAACUGGAGGCGCCCACAUCCAACGGUGCCGGCGGCAGUGCCAGUGGCGUCUUCAAGCGGCGAUCCUCGGACUCCAUGAUGGAGCACGGAGGCCACAACGGGCUGCAUGAGUGGAGCGAGUAUAUGGCCAGCGGCGGGGGUGUGUCCGCCUCCGGGUACCCCCCACCGCCCAACAAGCGGAUGGCCCUGCAUCCCGCGCACUCGGUCAUGGCCUACGGCGACUACACUGUGGCGGUGGCUGAGGGUCUCCCCUCGGCGGCUGGUUUCAUGCAGCGCGACGAGAGGGAGCUGCGGCAUCCGGCUCCUCCCCAGAGGCCUGCCAAUCCCAAUCCCAAUCCGAACCCGAACCCACAAUCCAACCCCAAUCCGAACCCGAAUCCUGCCUCAGGCGGAGGCGCUGCUGGGGGCGAAGAGGAGUGGAAGAACAUCCACACAAUGCUCAACUGCAUCUCGGCCAUGGUGGACAAGACGAAGCGCGCCAUCACGAUCCUCCAGCAGCGGGGCAUCGAGCCGCAGCAUCCCAACAGCGGCCAGGAGAUAACGCCAGCGGCUCUCGCCGAACUGCGCCGCCAGACAGAGGAGAAAGUCUCCGAGUUCAAGCGGAAUGCCGAGGACGCAGUCACCCAGGUGAAGCGGCAGGCGGUAAUCGAGAUCCAGCGGGCGGUGGUGGCUGCCGAAACGCGGGCCGCCGAGAUCAUGACACAGGAGAGGCUCCGCAUGGAGAAGUUCUUCAUGGAAAUGAGUCGCCACUCGAGCGGCGAGCGAGAUCUGGACAACAAGUCGCCAUCCAUCACCACGCCACAGAAUAACGGGAGUCUGCAGCAGCAGUGCUGGAACUGCGGCCGCAAGGCCACCGAAACCUGCUCGGGCUGCAACAUGGCUCGCUACUGCAGCGCCUCGUGCCAAUACAGAGACUGGGAUAGCCAUCACCAGGUUUGUGGCAAUACCAGGGCCAGCGAAAUGAGUGCCAAGCAUCUGCACCCCGCCGGCGGCAUCCGCACUGCGAUGGCCACUCGAUCCCCACCCACGCCCACCCCUUCAGCCCAUCUCCAGGCGGCGGCAGCGGCAGCGGCAGCAGCAGCGGCGGCGGGUGCCCGUGAGGCGAUUGUUGCGGCCAGUGGUGGGACAGGGGCUGGUGGUGUCGCAGGCGGCGGAGGAUCGGGCGGGGGGAACACGGGGGCUACCGCGGUGGCCGCUGCCACGCCCAGCGCCUUGGUGGCCAAUGGGUUGGGCUCCAAAUGACGCAUUCGCAUGAUGAAACCCAAGAAGAAGUACUUGUGCUAGUCAAAUUAAAGGGGUGCGAGGUGUAUAAUAAUUAUACACAUACACACAAACACAACCACACACACACUUACAUACAUAAUUAUGCAGUUACUAUAAACAUAAUCCAAAAAGCAAGAAGAAUAAUUCGUCAGAAAAUAGAUUUCUAAACUCAAUUAAAGAUACACGGAGUAGGAGGACGCUUCAGCCGUAGAUACAGAUACCACAUACAUACAUAUGUAGAUGUGCCCACAUUUAAAUGUUUUAUGCAGCCAACAAUUAGUGUAGGAGGGGUCUUAGGAUAUAGAGGGAAGAGUAACCCAGCCUCUAGAGGAAUUUAUAAAGGGCAUUCCACAUGGAAUCGAAAAGGGUAAUCAGUCUACAAGAGGAAUCUCCGGCACACUUCAGCUAAUGCACUUUUGGAAAUCGGAAAUCUGCAAACGGAAGAAAAAAACUUAAUAUUAUAGACCAUAUUACAUGUUAUCCCACACUCAAGGCUCAACUCUCAAAGCAGUAAAAGAAUAAAGAAUAAAGAAAUACGAAAUACGAAAGUAUAGAUCUGUAAGUACUUAGGCAAACCGCAAACCCCAAAGCAAGUAAUGGAAAACAACUGAACAUAGUAGAUUUUAUUAUUAUUACAAUAAAGUAAAAAUUAUUAUAUGGCUAAUUUAU